UAUGUGCCCAAUGACAGCAUUAGGAUUUUUGUUUAUGUUUUCAUUCAAUAAAUAAUUUUUUAUUAUUUCUUUGGUUUUGUGUUAUCCAAAAACAUGGCUGAUUCUAAUAAAAAAUACUUUCUUCCAAGAGUGAAUCAGUUGGAUGCAAUUUACCUAAACAAAGACAUCAAUCGCCUAAUUCAAGAGAAUCUCUUGGGAAAUCUUCAGGCAAUAUCGCCUAUAUUGUUUUCUAAAAUUCAACCAGAGCUAGACUUACUAGUUCAGUCAGCAAUAUGGCUUGGAUCUGUAGGCAAACAUUGCUCUUCGUUUGGUCAACAGCUUCUUGCUCUUUCAUAUGAGCCUGAAUGUUUGACUAUGACUCGCUUGGGAUUGCACUUUGCAUUGACUGUUCUGCCGAAGUAUGCGAAGAAUAAUGCUGAAUACCGACUCGCCAGCAGAGACUGGGUGCGCAAAGCAAUCGAAUGGGGAGAGAACAUAGCCUUGGUACUUUCGGUUGUGAAUUUCUUUCGAUUUUUAAAAACUGGAAGAAAACCAUCAUUGAUUGAUUUUAUGCUUGGUCUGGAUUUCAUCAGCAUCCGAGCCAAUCACAGGAGAGAAAUAGGGUAUAAGUACCUGACGCGUGAAUUAGUUUGGGGUGGAUUUAUGGAACUUCUUGGACUUGUUUUGCCUAUUAUCAAUUUUCAAAAACUUCAACGAAUGAUUCGCAAAACCUUGCAUGGAUCUUCGGUUCAUUCUACUAAGGGCGUCCUCAAGGCACCAAAACUGGAUGUAAAUACAAUGUGUGCCUAUUGUAGCGAACGGCCAACUUUGCCGCAUCAUAUCGGAUGUGGACACAUCUACUGUUUCUAUUGCAUUCAAGCGAAUACUCUGACUGACUCGAGGUUUUGCUGUACAAUCUGUGAUAGAGAGUGCUCUGAUGGUGUUUUUCCAGUUAGCAUACCGCUUGAGGUGGUCAAUGUAAUAAAAGUAGACAUGGUAUAAUAUGUAUAAAAAUGUAGAGUUAUUGGUUAAUGAUUGUUAAUUGAAAUUAAGGGUGAUAUUUUAUAUUAAAGUGGCAAUAUAGCUGAA